ACGUGGGAAAGGCAUCUUAGAAAAAAGGAAAAAGCAACAGCGGGAGUCAUCGUCUCUUGUGAUCUCCGAACACAACACAAACACAUACUAAGCUUCAGAAUCUUUACUCUCUCUCUCUCUCUCUCUCUCUCUCUCUCUCUCUCUCUCUCUAUCUAUCUCUUCCCACGCCCUUCAAGGACUCUGUCUUGUUCGAUCUCUCUCUCUCUCUCUCUCUCUCUCCUUCAUAACUCGUGUCUUCAACCAACCAGUCCUCGCACUUGACCUGGAACCGGGACAUUGGUUUAGGCAUUCUGAUCUUCACAGUACCUAUCUUCUCGUUUUUCGAACAGCUAUUGGCAGCGUUUCGCCCUUUCGCGUGUGAUUCAUAACAUUCAGCUUCAUCAUUUGUUUUAGGGACGAUUGGACGAAACAACAUGUGGUGACACUGGCUAGCAGUCUCGAGAGUUUCUUGUUUAAGGGAUUCGUGUGUUUUAUAGUUAGUGAAUAUGGCAAUGCCGGAAACCAUCCCUCUGACUACUCCCAGUGCUCAAGUUGUUGGAAAUGCCUUUGUGGAGCAAUAUUAUCACAUUCUGCACCAAUCUCCGAACUUGGUGCACAGGUUUUAUCAGGAUUCAAGUUUCUUAACCAGAUCGGACAACAAUGGUGUGAUGACAACUGUGACAACUGUACAAGAAAUCCACGAGAAGAUUAUUUCCCUGAAUUAUGAAGAUUAUACAGCAGAAAUAAAAACUGCAGAUGCUCAGGAGUCACAUAAGGGAGGUGUGAUAGUUUUAGUUACUGGGUGCUUAACUGGGAAGGAUAAUGUGAGAAGGAAGUUCUCACAGACAUUCUUUCUGGCUCCACAAGAAAAAGGAUAUUUUGUCUUAAAUGAUGUCUUUAGGUACAUUGAGGUGAAUGAUGCACCGCAGUUAAAUUCUGCCUCAGUAAAUGUCAUCAGUGAAAAUGCUGAGACAGUGCAUGAGCCAGAAUCAGAGGAAACACAUGCUCCCAAAAUUCUUGUGGAAGACACUGCAACUUCAUCAGUGGCAGAGGAUGAAAACCAUAAUAAUGGCAGUGAAGUCUAUCAUCCUCAGGAUGAAGAAGAAGGAUCAGUUAUUGAUGAAGAGGUCGCUGAACCCCCUACCGACUUAAGUCAGAAUGAAAUUGUUACGGUUCAAGAUUCAACUUCUGCUGCUCAGGAUGAUGCACCAAGGAGAUCAUAUGCAUCCAUUGUAAUGAAAAGUAAUGUAGCAUCUGGCCAUGUCUACGUUCCCAGCCGAGCUGCUAGAGUGGCAUCUGCUAAAUCCAGUGAACAAUGGUCUACUACUGCCAAAUCAACCCCUGUGCCUGAGUCAUUUGCUCCUAUUGGUGAUAGUGCACCUGAGAGUAGUGACCUUCAUGAAGAAGUUGAAGGUCACUCCAUAUAUAUACGAAACUUGCCAUUUAGUGCAACAGUUGAGCAACUUGAAGAAGUCUUUAAGAAAUUUGGUCCUAUUAAGCAUGGUGGUAUCCAAGUCAGAAGUAGCAAGCACGGAUUCUGUUUUGGCUUUGUUGAAUUUGAGGAAUUGAGUUCCAUGCAAAGUGCACUUGAGGCUUCACCUAUCUCUGUUGGUGAGCGACAAGCUGUUGUUGAGGAAAAAAGAACUACUACACGAGUAAGCGGUAGUGGGAGAGGGAGGUAUCCUCCAGGAAGAGGUGGUUUCCGAAGCGACAGUUUCAGAGCACGUGGGAAGUUUGGUGGUGGACGAGGUUAUGGCAGAAAUGAAUUCAGAAACCAAGGAGAAUUCUCAGGGCAACCUAGGAGUUCUCAACGGCCAAAUCAAAAUGGAGGUGGGCGUGGUGGUGGACGUCAAGGUGUGGGAAAUCGUAAUUCUACACCAUCAUCUUCAGCAGCAUGACCAUAUUGGCUAAUUAAAUAAGAAAAAAGACAAACAAAAACAAUACAAAAGAAUCUGGUGGGUUGAUUAUUUUUUAUAGGAAAAGGAAGCCAAACACCUUUUUCUUUUCCCUUUAUUUAGGCAUGAGUUCAGGUUUCUGACUAUCAUCAGUGCAAUCAUUCAAUGGAAGAUUAGAGAGUUCAUUAGUACUUGCAGAGGUGUUUUGGAGAUAGGUCAUGUAUUUCUUUUUUUUCAGUACCAAUGCUCUCUUCUUCCAUCUUCCCUUUUCCCAAGUUAUUGAGCAACAUGUGUUCCUGCGAUUGAGUUGUUACACGAAUCUCUAUUGUGGAGGGUUUAUAUGUAAAUUGGUACUAUGUGUAUUCUUUUCCUUUUUUCAUAAACUUAAUGAAAACUGUCUCUACGAUUUUAACCCA